AUGAAUCAUGUGCUACUGGACGCAUAUGAUACAGCCAUAGAGAGAAUCAACAGACAGAAGCCCGGCCUGAGGGAGCUUGCAAUGCAGGUCCUCUCAUGGAUCACUUGCGCCAAAAGACCACUCACGACAUCAGAACUUCAGCAUGCCCUUGCGACAAAAAGGAACAAACCGGUCCUUGAUCCUGGAGAUCUUCCACAGAUUGGAGAUAUAGUCUCUGUAUGUGCUGGGCUAGUCACAGUCGACCAACAAAGCGACCUUAUCCGGUUGGUCCACUACACAACGCAGGAAUACUUUGACGCAAACCGAACGCUAUUUUCGAAUGCAGAAGCCAAUAUCACAGCAACUUGCGUUACCUACUUGUCAUUCGAUGUCUAUGAGAGUGGGUUCUGCCCGACCGAUGAGGAAAUUGCAGAGCGGAUAAGAUUGAAACCCUUCUACGACUACUCUGCACAGUACUGGACCGAGCAUGCUCUUAAGACUUCAACUCUAUGCCAGGAGGUCAUUGAAUUUCUUGAAUCCGACACAAAAGUCUAG